AAUCGGGGUGGUCCAGUUGAGACUGGAAAUAAUUUUUUCGAAAAAACUCAAGUAUCUGUUCUUGGAUUUGCAGUACAUUAUCGUAAAUCUGAUCAAAGCUUACAUACACAAUAUUUUGAUUACUUUUCUGAUAUUUUGAGUUAUGAUACAUU